GGUACCGCCCCCUCCCAGUACCGACCGACCCCUGGUACCGACACCCCCAGUACCACAUCCGCGCUGGUCUACAUCGAGAUCCUGAGCAGGCAUCCCUUCUCAGGCCGGGAGGUGCCCAUCUCCAACGGCUCUGGCUUUGUGGUGUCCCCGGAUGGCCUUAUCGUGACCAAUGCCCAUGUGGUGGCGAAUCGGCGGCGGCUGCGGGUGAAGCUGGCUAGCGGAGAGCUCUACGAUGCCGUGGUCCGUGAGGUCGACCAGGUGGCAGAUAUCGCCACCAUCAAAAUCAACCCCAAGCAACCUCUGCCCACGCUACCCCUGGGUCGCUCCUCAGAGGUGCGUCAAGGUGAGUUUGUUGUGGCUAUGGGCAGCCCUUUUGCUCUGCAAAACACCAUCACCUCCGGCAUCGUCAGCUCUGCCCAACGCGGCAGCCAGGAGCUGGGCCUGGCCGAUUCCAACAUGGAGUACAUCCAGACCGACGCCGCCAUAGAUUUCGGGAACUCGGGGGGCCCCCUCGUCAACCUGGACGGCGAGGUGAUUGGGGUGAACACAAUGAAGGUGACCUCGGGUAUCUCCUUCGCCAUCCCCUCGGACCGGCUGCGGGAAUUCUUGCAGAAGGGGGAGCAGCGCAAGAGCUCCUGGUUCGGCAGCACGGAGGUGAAGCGCCGCUACAUUGGAGUGAUGAUGCUAACGCUGACCCCCAGUAUCCUGGCCGAGCUGAAGCUGCGAGACUCCAGCUUCCCUGAUGUCUCAUACGGGGUCCUGAUCCACAAGGUGAUCAUUGGCUCCCCAGCCCACCAGGCAGGCCUGAAAGCGGGUGACGUUGUGCAGGAGAUCAAUGGGCAGACAGUGCGGCGUGCAGAGGACAUCUACGAGGCCGUGCGGACACAGAACAACCUGGCCCUGCUCGUGCGGCGCGGCCAUGACAUGCUGCUGGUGAACGUCAGCCCUGAGGUCACGGAGUAGAGAGCUGCCCAGCUGGCAGGGGCACCGUGGACUUGGCUUGAAGCACACGAUCCGAGCUAGAGGCUCGGGGUGACCGGCAGGAGGCCCCUUGCUGCCACACGGGGCGGUGCAGAGGAGACUCUGCCUUUGCAAGAGCCUGAAAUGCCCCAGCCAGCGGGGCUGGUCCUGGAACUGGCUCAUGGGUGGGGUGGCUGCUGUCUGCUUCCCUCAUCCCCAUUAAACCUCUCAUGGGGAACCGUC